AUGGCGGUGAACAAUAUUUCUAAAAAACGCAAAUUCGUCGGGGACGGUGUGUUUAAGGCGGAACUUAACGAGUUCUUGACCAGGGAAUUAGCUGAAGAUGGCUACUCCGGUGUGGAGGUGCGUGUCACACCAACGCGUUCAGAAAUCAUCAUUAUGGCAACCAGAACACAAAGUGUGCUUGGCGAGAAAGGACGCAGAAUCCGCGAGUUGACAUCAGUUGUUCAAAAAAGAUUCAAUAUUCCUGAACAGUCUGUUGAAUUGUAUGCUGAGAAGGUGAAGAUCAUGCUGCCGUGGGACCAGCAGGGCAAGAACGGCCCCAAGAAGCCGCAGCCCGACCACAUCCUGGUGACGGAGCCCAAGGACGAGCCGGUGCCAUCGGAGCCCACCAGCGACGUGCGCACCCUGCCGCCCGCGCCGCUACCGCCGCCCGUCGCCGCCGUCGCU